AGGAGCACACAACUGGCAGAUACGGGAUGGGCUGUAUUUGAGGGGCAAAGGUGGUGGGUGCUGUUGGGAAGUUGUUCUUCAAUGCAUCUUGUAGGUGUGUGCUCGCCAAGUGUGAGGCCUAGGUAGCAGCAGACGAGAUGAUUGUGGGAUAAUGUGGAAGGAGAAAAGUGACUCGAUUGGGAGCACAUGUGUCUGGGAACAGAAUCUGGUCAGAAUUCAAAUGCUAAAUUGGAAGUUUAUUUUCCUGGGUUAAAUACUGGCUGGGUAGGAUGCUCUGAUAUGACCUCACUUUAUGCAUGCCGUGUUUUUGUUACACCAUGGCAGCUGCACACCAUGUUCCUGGGUGGGUUUAUGCCCAAAUGCAGUUAUACCUUCAGUCAGAAUGGAGUUCUGUUUCUCUGUGAUGUCUCAGAAGGUGUUUGUAAUACACCUAGUAUCAGUUUAUUCCAUAUUUAAGGUUGAUAUUCUGCAAUUAAUUUGCAAUUGCAGACCUCUGUCUGUAGAAGUCUUAAAAGGAUAUGAAACUACUGGUUUGCAUUACAAGCAACAAACUCUGUACAGGCAACAUUAGUUUGUAUGCUCUUGCUCUUUCAAGACAAAGCAAAAAGAAAUGUUGGGGGAAUGUCAAAUGAGAGGGAUCAAGGGGAGGAAAUGGAUAAAGAUUCAGAAUCAUAAGUCAUAGGGUAGGUCCUUAUGCAGACUUUGGGGGAAAAGGUAUGAGUGUAUAGAAAAGGAGAGAUAAGUUGAAGAUAGAGAGUUUUGAGCAAGUCAGUUCAGUAAUACAUCCUGAAGCUGAGUGUUUGCUGCAAAUAGGGAGAUUUCUAAAUUGGUUUAUACCGACAUGGAUUCCAUGGCUUACCAGUUAAAUAAUGCUGUGAGAGUUCUUGUGAUCUGCCAAUGUCAGUCUGAUCAGAGACUACACGAGUGAAUGAGAACUUCUUUCUAUGGAACUGAGGUGAAGAACUUCACCAUGGGUCAACAAAUUUCAAACCACACACAAACCGUAAUCAACAAGUUGCCCGAAAAAGUAGCAAAGCAUGCCUCUUUGGUUCAAGAAAGUGGUUUCCUAACAUAUGAAGAGUUUCUGGGAAGAGUAGCUGAACUUAAUGAUAUUACUGCAAAUUUGGCUUCUGGACAAGACAAACAUCUGUUAUUUGAAGUGCAGCCUGGUUCUGAUUCUUCUGCGUUCUGGAAGGUGAUCGUUCGGAUAAUAUGUACUAAAAUAAAUAAAACAAGUGGCAUUGUGGAAGCUUCCAGAAUCUUGAACUUGUAUCAGUUCGUUCAACUGUAUAAAGACAUCACCAAUCAAGCAUCAGGAGUUCUUGCACAGAGUGGUGCUUCUGAAGAAGCUGCUGAGAGUUUAAUGUCUGUGUCAUCUUGUCAGGCCAGCUUGUGGAUGGGAAGGGUUAAGCAGUUGACAGAUGAAGAGGAAUGUUGCAUCUGCAUGGAUGGGCGUGCUGAUUUAAUUUUGCCGUGUGCUCACAGUUUCUGCCAGAAAUGCAUUGAUAAAUGGAGUGAUCGUCACAGAAGCUGUCCUGUCUGCCGUCGGCAAGUCACUGGGGCAAGUGAUUCUUGGGUGGUCUCAGACGCGCCUACAGAAGAUGAUAUCGCUACUUACAUACUUAACAUGGUAGAUGAGGCGGGCCAGCCUCACAGACCCUGACCCUGGCCAACAAGCUGAUCAUAGCAGAAGCACCAGAAGCACUCGUUUUCACCAACGUCUGGUUUUACCUCUCAUUGCCGUUCUUCCACAGUCUGUCUCUUCUCUUCCUGGCUGCUGCAAACCUACACUGCUCUUUUAAAACACAGGGUAUAUAAGACAGUGUAUGUGCGUGCAGUCUUAGUUAUUAAUCUGUACUUUCAGUAAACUCUUUGAUCAUUAACAAGGUUUAUUUUAGCAACAACUUUUGAUAUUUAUUAACAGUUCGACUACUAGAUGAAGCAAUUUCUAACAGCACAACUACAACUGCUAACUGCUGUUUGAACAUCAGUGUACUGCUACACAAGAUGAACCAUGUCAGAUGGCUUGACCUCAGAGUUCUUACCCUUAAAUGCAUUCCCUUUUACUUUUGUGACAAAUGUGAAUAAAGAUGAGUUAACACUAGUGAUUAUUAAUUCGAAAUUUUACUGCUGAAACUUGAAGAUGUCCCACUGCCUGUUCUUCAGUAGCCAGUUAUUGCUGCUUUUAGUGUUUACAGAUACUGAUUUCAAGCUGAUCUGAGUUUUAGUAUUAAUUAUUUUAAAUCUGUUUUGGAGAGUGUAGGCAGCUCUGUAAAUGUACUCAUGCACUUCCUCUUAUUCUUCUAACAAUAUUAUCUCUUAGAAUAUUUUUUUAAACAUGAUACCUAGCAUAGUCUUAUUAGCUUGGAAACCUUAAACAGUUUCAUAUACAAUCCUAAAAGAAGUAAAUCAAUUUCUUUAUAGUUUUUUUGAUCAAGAACAGCCAAAAUUGCUUUUAAACAUUAGACAUAUCUGAAGAGAACAAUUUUAUUUGCAUUAGAGUUAAGGUGUAGCUUAGUCAGAUGCUGUGGUUUUAUCUGCUUCUCUUGAGUUUUCGAAGUGAUGAAAUCAGAGUUAUAAGGCACACUAAGAGUUAUGAGAUUAUAAUCUAAGUAAGGGUGCUGUGCUUUAUUUUUAAAAGUGCAAUAUGCUUUUAUGUAGCAGAAAGAAACUUCUACUUUAAUAAUGUUGCUUGCAGUGAGAUGCGCAUGUGAAAACUUGGGAAAAGGGAUAUCAUAACUGGAAUGCGACUGUAUUUCUGUGUCUAGCAGAGUAAAAUCUUUAAAGAGCUGAGUUUAGUCUAAAAUAAAAUGUUAGUAUUCAGGAAACCCAUCUUAAGCCUCUUUUGCAUAAAUAGUGUUAUGGAAAUCAACUGCUAUUUUAGAGAGUUAAUUUUUUUUCAUAUAUAUUAACAAAUACUACUCUUUUAGCUUGAGGCUACUGAGUGAGAAAUAUUCAAGUGUAAUAUUUCAGGGAAUAUCAGCAUAAAUCUUGCUUACUGUAAGACUGUAUUUUUAAUUAGCAUACUUGUUAAAAUUCGUUGAUGCCAUAAGGCUAAGGCCUUUUCUCACAGACAGGUUCUGAACUAAAAGGCACGUGCCUAUGUAGAUAGAUAUGCACAUUUGGGUUAUUUUUCUUCAUUUGCUACAAAAUAAUUUAAUUAUUUUAGGGACCAGAUCUUGGGAAUUUCUCACUAAUACUUAAGGAACGUGCAUAGCAUGUGCCACCUAUUUGAGCUUGGCUUAUGGCACAGUUGUCAAUUUUAUCAUAGGCAUUAAGACAGAUAAGCAAUGAACUCUUCUUGUGUGUAUCAUCUAAAAGCCAGUAUGGCUUAGUGUGUAAAUCUGUAUUUAACUAUUGAAAAAUCUUUUUAUGAACAUAUAUAGCUUAGAACUAAUUUUUUCCCUUUGUUAAUCCUUUGAUAUCAACGAGAUACUCUUCAGAAAAUACGUGGUUUGUUUGGUUGUAUAAAGGCAGUUAUUAUUUGGGCUGAAAAUUGUUAAUGGUCAGGGAUUUUCCACUAAAACAUUUGCAGAUAUUCCUAGUCACACACCAGUUUGGUUUCUUCUUGCUUUUCGAGCUUGCACUAUUCCAUGUUCAGAACUUUAAAAUAACCUUUGAAUUUUUUAAAUUUUUUAUAUCACUGGAACAGAAAGAGCAUCUAAAUUAAAGCUUCGAGCUAACUUUAUUUUUCAAGUAUUUCAAGAAUUAUACUUCUGGACUGAGAUUUUAUAAGUUGAGUGUCUGCUGAGAACUUACAUGACCUUAAAAUGUAAUUUUGUAAAGAUGCAAAAGGGUUGUUAAUUGCAGCACAAUGACACUUGCAAUUACAGUAUAAACUAAUGAAAAAUUAUUUAAAUAGUGAAAAAGUAAACUUUGUAUUCUGUACAGCUUUUUUAAAUUAAGUUGCUGUAAUUCACACUGCUGUGAUGUAGGUACUGUAAUGUGUGCCUUGUAAAAUACAUGUACUGUAUGUUUUACGGGAUAAUAGGUAUAUUAAUACUGAAAAACUAGUAAUUUGGUACUGGUUGGUAUUAGCUGGUCUGAAGUGCUGCAUUUAGCAAACAACUGUGGCAAAGGAAUCACAUUGGCAGGGACGUGGCGAUGGGUUCCAGAAGCUAGGCCCUGAAAAUGUGAAUUCCUGCAAAUGGCUGGUGGUGGGGGCAUUAGAAAAACUAAACUUUCUUGUGGUAAGUGAAGAUUUCUUACAGGUUUAAUGUGAAAUUGUAAUUUAGGCAUUAUAGAUUGUAUUAAUAGCUAAGGGCAUUCCAGUAUAUUAAACCUUGUGUAUGAACUGUGCAAUAAAGUUACUUUGGAAGAAA